UUUGCUUUUUUCGUCUCUUUCCCCCCCCCCCUUCCCUUCCACCCCUUCCCACUUGUCUCUCCCCUCUGGCGGCCCGGGCUGGUGUUGGGGGCGGACUCGGUUUCCCGCUUCCGGUGUGGUGUCAUGGUGGCCGGUGGGCUUUGAUGGCUGAGAAGGAGGAGGAGGGGAGCUGAGAGCUCGGUGGCUGCACUGAGCCGAAGGGAAGGGGGCGCCGGACCCUUCUUGUCCCCGUCUCCCCCUCGGCCUGGCGGGCGGCGGGAGAUGGCGGCCCACAAGCCGGUGGAAUGGGUGCAGGCUGUAGUGAACCGCUUCGACGAGCAGCUUCCGAUCAAAACUAGCCAGCAGAAUACUCACACCAAAGUCAGCACGGAACAUAACAAGGAAUGUCUCAUCAACAUUUCCAAGUAUAAGUUCUCUCUGGUUAUUAGUGGCCUCACAAAUAUCUUAAAAAAUGUUAACAACAUGAGAAUAUUUAGUGAAGCUGCUGAAAAGAACUUGUAUCUUUCUCAGUUGAUUAUUUUGGAUACACUGGAAAAGUGUCUUGCUGGGCAACCCAAAGACACCAUGCGGCUGGAUGAGACAAUGUUGGUCAAGCAACUGUUGCCAGAGAUCUGCCAUUUUAUCCACACCUACCGUGAAGGGAAUCAACAUGCUACAGAGUUACGCAAUUCUGCCUCUGGGGUUCUCUUUUCUCUCAGCUGCAACAAUUUUAAUGCGGUGUUCAGCCGUAUCUCUACCAGAUUGCAGGAAUUGACAGUGUGCUCUGAAGACAAUGCUGAUGUCCAUGAUAUUGAGUUAUUGCAAUACAUCAGUGUGGACUGUAUUAAAUUAAAGCGGAUACUACAAGACACUGUCUUUAAGUUCAAAACUCUCAAGAAAGCAGCACAACUGGCAGUUAUCAAUAGUCUUGAAAAGGCAUUUUGGAACUGGGUGGAAAACUAUCCGGAUGAAUUUACUAAGCUAUACCAGACACCACAGACAGAUCUAUCAGAUUGUGCAGAGAAGCUGUUUGAUCUGGUAGAUGGAUUUGCUGAAAGCACGAAACGCAAAGCAGCUGUUUGGCCCUUGCAAAUUAUCCUCCUCGUCCUUUGUCCAGAAAUCAUCCAAGACAUUGCGAAGGACAUAGUAGAGGAAAACAAAAUGAACAAGAAACAAUUCUUGGACAACCUCAGGAAGGCUCUGGCGGGCCACAGUGGAAGUAGGCAGCUAACCGAUAGUGCAGCCAUCGCUUGUGUAAAAUUGUGCAAAGCAUCAACAUACAUCAGCUGGGAAGACAAUUCAGUUAUUUUUCUUCUAGUGCAGUCCAUGGUAGUAGAUCUCAAGAACCUGCUCUUCAACCCAAACAAGCCUUUCUCCAGAGGCAACCAGAAUGCAGACAUAGACCUCAUGAUCGACUGCUUAGUGUCCUGCUUCCGAAUCAACCCCCACAAUAACCAACACUUCAAGACUUGCCUGGCACAGAAUUCCCCAUCCACGUUUCAUUACGUGCUGGUAAAUUCACUCCACCGUAUAAUUACAAAUUCUGCAUUAGAUUGGUGGCCCAAGAUCGAUGCUGUCUAUUGCCACUCCGUGGAACUCCGCAGCAUGUUCAGUGAAACUCUCCAUAAAGCUUUACAGGGCUCUGGUGUGCAUACCCCAAUCCGCAUGACCCCGAGCCUUACGUUUAAAGAGAAAAUGACAAGCCUGAAGUUUAAAGAAAAACCUACAGACGUUGAAACCAGAAGUUAUAAAGUUUUGUUGUUAUCUAUUGUGAAACUGAUCCAUGCUGACCCAAAACUCUUACUCUAUAAUCCAAAGAAACAGGGGCCUGAAACACAAGGCAGCACAGCUGAACUCAUAACAGGCCUUGUCCAGCUUGUUCCCCAGGCCAGCAUGCCAGAAAUAGCACAAGAGGCCAUGGAGGCCUUGCUUGUGCUUCAUCAAUUAGACAGCAUUGACUUAUGGAACCCUGAUGCACCCAUCGAAACAUUCUGGGAAAUCAGUUCACAAAUGCUGUUUUGUAUAUGCAAGAGACUAACAAGCAAUCAGAUUCUCAGCAGCACAGAAAUCCUCAAGUGGUUGCGAGAAAUUUUGAUCUGCAGGAACAAAUUUCUUCUGAAAAACAAACAAUCAGAUAGGAGUUCCUGCCCUUUUCUCUUCCUUUAUGGGGUAGGAUGUGAUGUCUCUGGGGGUGGAGCUAAUCCAAUUUCUCUUGACCACGAAGAGAUGAUGCGCUGUAUCCCGGGAGCUCCGCUCAGGAAGGGCAAAGGGAGUUUCUGCAUGGAAAGCACUGUCGGUUGCAGUGGGACACCAAUAUGUCGCCAAGCCCAAACCAAGUUAGAGGUUGCCUUGUAUAUGUCUCUCUGGAGCCCCGACACUGAGGCAGUGCUUGUGGCAAUGUCCUGUUUCCGACAUCUCUGUGAGGAAGCAGACAUCAGGUGUGGGGUAGAUGAAGUGUCCGUUCACAACUUCUUGCCCAACUAUAAUACCUUCAUGGAGUUUGCUUCUGUGAGCAAUAUGAUGUCUACAGGAAGAACAGCUCUUCAGAAGAGAGUGAUGGCCCUGCUCAGGCGUAUUGAACAUCCAACAGCAGGUAACACCGAGGCUUGGGAAGAUACACAUUUUAAAUGGGAGGCGGCUACAAAAUUGAUCCUCAACUAUCCAAAGACUAAGAUGGAAGAUGGCCAGGUUGCUGAAAGUCUUCACAAGACCAUAGUCAAGAGGCGGAUGUCCCAUGUCAGUGGUGGAGGUUCCAUUGAUCUGUCAGACACAGACUCUUUGCAAGAGUGGAUCAACAUGACCGGCUUUCUGUGCGCCCUUGGUGGAGUGUGCUUGCAGUAUCGCGGCAAUACACCCUUUCCAUCCUAUAGUCCCCCCAUGGGCCCCGUGAGCGAGAGGAAAGGCUCCAUGAUCUCCAUGCUGUCGACUGACGGCAACACCGAGACUCCUGUGAGCAAGUUCAUGGACCGCUUGUUGUCCCUGAUGGUCUGUACCCACGAGAAAGUGGGUCUGCAGAUACGAACUAACAUUAAGGACCUCAUAGGCCUGGAGCUGAGCCCCGCCCUUUAUCCAAUGCUUUUCAACAAAUUAAAGAACAUCAUCAGCAAGUUCUUCGACUCGCAAGGGCAGGUCUUGUUAAAUGACACCAAUACGCAGUUUGUGGAGCAGACCAUCGCGAUCAUGAAGAACCUGCUUGAUAACCACACUGAAGGCAGCUCAGAACACCUUGGGCAAGCCAGGAUUGAGACCAUGAUGCUGAAUCUAGUUAGGUACGUGCGUGUCCUCGGGAAUCUGGUGCAUGCAAUUCAGAUCAAAACCAAACUCUGCCAACUUGUGAAGGUAAUGAUGGAGAGGCGAGAUGAUCUGUCCUUCUGCCAAGAAAUGAAAUUCAGGAACAAGAUGGUGGAAUAUUUGACAGACUGGGUUAUGGGAACAUCCAACCAGGCUACAGAUGAGGAUGUGAAAUGUCUGACAAGAGACUUGGACCAGGCAAGCAUGGAAGCUGUUGUCUCUCUUCUGGCCGGGCUUCCACUUCAACCAGAAGAAGGAGAUGGAGUUGAAUUGAUGGAAGCUAAAUCCCAGUUAUUUCUCAAGUACUUCACCCUGUUUAUGAACCUCCUUAAUGACUGCAGUGAAGUGGAAGAUGAGAGUGCACAAACAGGCGGGCGGAAACGUGGGAUGUCUCGAAGGUUGGCUUCCUUGCGGCACUGCACCGUUCUGGCUAUGUCAAACUUGCUCAAUGCAAACGUGGAUAGCGGCCUUAUGCACUCUAUAGGGUUAGGAUAUCACAAAGAUCUCCAGACAAGAGCUACGUUCAUGGAGGUCCUCACCAAAAUUCUGCAACAGGGCACUGAGUUCGACACCCUGGCGGAAACUGUGCUGGCGGAUCGGUUUGAGAGAUUGGUGGAGUUGGUCACCAUGAUGGGUGACCAGGGAGAAUUGCCCAUUGCCAUGGCCUUGGCAAACGUGGUGCCUUGUUCCCAAUGGGAUGAACUAGCUCGUGUUCUCGUCACCCUUUUUGACUCAAGGCAUUUGCUUUACCAACUGCUCUGGAACAUGUUUUCUAAAGAAGUGGAGCUGGCUGAUUCCAUGCAGACGCUCUUCAGGGGAAACAGUCUGGCUAGCAAAAUAAUGACUUUCUGCUUUAAGGUGUAUGGUGCAACCUAUCUACAGAAGCUUUUGGAGCCUUUAUUAAGAACUGUAAUUACAUCCCCAGAAUGGCAGCCUGUGAGCUUCGAAGUGGACCCUACAAGGUUGGAAUCCAGUGAAAGCCUCGAUAGUAACCAGCGGAGCCUUCUUCAGAUGACCGAGAAGUUCUUCCAUGCCAUCAUCAACUCUUCCACUGAGUUCCCACCCCAGCUGAGGAGUGUCUGCCACUGUCUCUAUCAGGCAACUUGCCACUCUCUCCUGAAUAAAGCUACCGUAAAAGAAAAAAAGGAAAACAAAAAAGCAGUGGUCAGCCAGCGGUUUCCUCAGAACAGCAUUGGAGCGGUUGGGAGUGCCAUGUUCUUGAGAUUCAUUAAUCCGGCUAUUGUGUCCCCAUAUGAAGCUGGUAUAUUGGAUAAGAAGCCUCCACCGAGAAUCGAAAGGGGUCUGAAGUUAAUGUCAAAGGUACUUCAGAGCAUCGCUAACCAUGUCUUGUUUACAAAGGAGGAGCACAUGCGGCCUUUUAACGACUUUGUGAAAAGCAACUUUGAUGCUGCAAGAAGGUUUUUCCUUGACAUUGCCUCAGAUUGUCCAGCUAGUGAUACAGUCAAUCACAGCCUCUCUUUCAUCAGUGAUGGCAAUGUACUUGCACUACAUCGUUUGCUGUGGAACAAUCAAGAGAAGAUCGGGCAGUACCUUUCCAGCAACAGGGACCAUAAGGCUGUUGGAAGGCGACCAUUUGACAAGAUGGCAACUUUGCUUGCAUACCUGGGUCCUCCUGAGCACAAGCCGGUGGCAGACACACAGUGGUCCAGUAUAAACCUCACUAGUUCCAAGUUUGAAGAAUUUAUGACAAGGCACCAGGUCCACGAGAAAGAAGAGUUCAAAGCCUUGAAAACCCUCAACAUUUUUUACCAAGCUGGGACGACAAAAGCUGGCAACCCCGUCUUCUAUUACAUUGCUCGCCGGUUUAAGACCGGCCAAAUCAAUGGUGACCUGUUGAUAUAUCAUGUUUUGUUGACGCUGAAGCCUUACUAUGCCAAGCCAUAUGAGAUCGUAGUUGACCUCACUCACGCCGGGCCCAGCAACCGUUUCAAAACAGACUUCCUGUCCAAGUGGUUUGUAGUUUUCCCGGGAUUCGCUUACGAAAACGUCUCUGCCGUCUUCAUCUACAACUGCAACUCGUGGGUGAGGGAAUACACCAAGUACCAUGAGCGACUCCUGACGGGUCUGAAAGGCAGCAAGAGGCUCAUUUUCAUUGACUCGCCUGGGAAAUUGGCCGAGCACAUAGACCAUGACCAGCAGAAACUUCCAGCAGCCACUUUGGCUUUGGAAGAAGACCUGAAGGUUUUCCACAAUGCCCUCAAACUGGCCCACAAAGACACCAAAGUUUCCAUUAAAGUUGGCUCCACCGCUGUCCAAGUGACUUCAGCUGAGCGCACCAGAGUCCUGGGCCAGACCGUGUUCCUGAAUGACAUUUACUAUGCUUCUGAAAUAGAAGAAAUCUGCCUUGUGGAUGAAAACCAGUUCACCUUAACCAUUGCCAACCAAGGCACACCUCUGACUUUCAUGCACCAGGAGUGCGAAGCUAUUGUACAGUCCAUCAUUCAUAUACGGACACGAUGGGAACUAUCCCAGCCCGACUCUAUACCGCAACAUACGAAAAUCCGUCCCAAGGAUGUGCCAGGAACGCUGCUGAACAUCGCGCUGCUUAAUCUAGGGAGCUCGGACCCAAGUCUACGGUCUGCGGCCUAUAAUCUUCUCUGUGCCUUAACUUGUACUUUUAAUUUAAAGAUUGAAGGCCAAUUACUGGAAACAUCAGGUCUUUGUAUCCCUGCAAACAACACUCUUUUCAUUGUCUCCAUUAGUAAGACUCUGGCAGCUAAUGAACCCCACCUUACCCUAGAGUUUUUGGAAGAAUGCAUUUCUGGAUUUAGCAAGUCUAGUAUUGAACUAAAACAUCUCUGCCUAGAAUAUAUGACCCCCUGGUUACUGAAUCUGGUCCGCUUCUGCAAACAUAAUGAUGAUGCUCGGCGCCAGCGAGUCACAGCAAUUCUUGAUAAGCUUAUCACAAUGACAAUAAAUGAGAAACAGAUGUAUCCUUCCAUUCAAGCCAAGAUAUGGGGUAGUUUGGGACAGAUAACUGAUCUACUUGAUGUGGUGUUGGACAGUUUUAUCAAAACCAGUGCCACAGGAGGACUGGGGUCCAUCAAAGCAGAGGUCAUGGCAGAUACAGCUGUUGCUCUUGCUUCUGGAAACGUGAAGCUGGUUUCCAGCAAAGUUAUUGGACGGAUGUGCAAGAUAAUCGACAAGACCUGUCUCUCUCCAACAGCUACGUUAGAGCAGCACCUCAUGUGGGAUGACAUUGCCAUUCUAGCCCGUUACAUGCUGAUGCUGUCUUUUAACAAUUCCCUCGAUGUGGCCACACAUCUCCCCUACCUCUUCCACGUUGUUACUCUGUUGGUGGCCACCGGUCCUCUUUCUCUCAGAGCUUCCACCCACGGCCUGGUCAUCAACAUCAUUCAUUCUCUGUGCACAUGUUCACAACUUCACUUUAGUGAGGAAACGAAGCAGGUUUUGAGGCUGAGUUUAACGGAGUUCUCACUACCCAAAUUCUACUUGCUGUUUGGAAUUAGCAAAGUGAAAUCGGCAGCAGUCAUUGCAUUCCGAUCCAGCUAUCGGGACCGGUCAUUCUCUCCUGGUUCCUAUGAGAGAGAAACGUUUGCACUGACAUCUCUGGAAACAGUCACAGAAGCAUUGCUGGAAAUUAUGGAGGCGUGCAUGAGAGAUAUCCCAACCUGCAAAUGGCUUGACCAGUGGACGGAACUAGCUCAGAAGUUUGCAUUCCAGUAUAAUCCAUCCCUCCAGCCACGAGCCCUUGUGGUGUUCGGUUGCAUUAGCAAACGGGUGUCACACGGACAGAUAAAGCAGAUCAUCCGGAUUCUGAGCAAGGGCUUGGAGAGCUGCUUGAAAGGGCCAGACAACUACAACAGCCAAGUUCUGAUAGAGGCCACCGUCAUAGCCCUGACUAAGCUCCAGCCACUCCUUAAUAAGGACUCACCUAUGCACAAGGUACUGUUUUGGGUGGCCAUGGCAGUUCUACAGCUGGACGAGGUCAAUCUGUAUUCUGCAGGCACAGCUUUACUUGAGCAGAACCUUCACACUCUGGACAACCUCCGGGUAUUUAAUGAUAAAAGCCCCGAGGAAGUCUUCAUGGAGAUCAGGAGGCCUCUAGAGUGGCACUGUAAGCAGAUGGACCACUUUGUAGGACUCAAUUUCAACUCCAAUUUCAACUUUGCACUUGUGGGACAUCUGCUAAAAGGUUACCGGCACCCAUCUCCGACCAUAGUAGCAAGAACAGUAAGGAUUCUGCAUACACUCCUGGCUCUGGUUAACAAACAUAGGAACUGUGAUAAGUUUGAGGUGAAUACCCAGAGUGUGGCUUACCUUGCAGCUCUGCUGACUAUGUCUGAGGAAGUUAGGAGCCGGUGCAGCUUAAAGCAUAGGAAAUCGCUCCUCUUGACAGAUAUUUCAAUGGAAAACGUUCCGAUGGAGACAUACCCCAUACACCACAAUGAAGCCAGUUGUAGGACACUAAGAGAAAACCAGCCCUGGUCUUCUCCCAAGAACUCUGACAGACAUCUCGCUGCUAGUUACCCAACUGUUGGGCAGAUCAGUCCCCGCACAAGAAAAUCCAUGAGCCUGGAUAUGGGACAGCCUUCUCAAGCCAACACUAAAAAGCUGCUAGGUACCCGAAAAAGUUUUGACCACUUAGUGUCGGACACAAAAGCCCCUAAAAGACAAGAAAUGGAAUCCGGGAUCACCACACCUCCAAAAAUGAGGAGAGUAGCAGAAAAUGAUUAUGAAAUGGAAACACAAAGGAUAUCACCCCAACAGCACCCCCAUCUCCGUAAAGUAUCUGUGUCCGAGUCUAACGUCCUCCUAGAUGAGGAAGUCCUCACCGAUCCCAAAAUCCAAGCUCUGCUGCUGACUGUCCUUGCAACGUUGGUAAAGUACACAGCAGAUGAGUUUGACCAGCGAAUCCUGUAUGAGUAUUUAGCAGAAGCCAGUGUGGUUUUCCCAAAGGUCUUUCCUGUUGUGCACAAUUUAUUGGACUUCAAGAUAAAUACUCUCUUAUCGCAAUGUCAGGAUCCAAAUUUAUUGAAUCCCAUUCAUGGGAUUGUUCAGAGUGUGGUUUACCACGAAGAAUCUCCACCACAAUACCAGACGUCUUACCUGCAGAGUUUUGGAUUUAACGGUUUGUGGAGGUUUGCAGGACCAUUUUCUAAGCAAAGUCAAAUACCCGACUACGCUGAGCUUAUUGUGAAGUUCCUUGACGCCUUGAUCGAUACCUACUUGCCUGGAAUGGACGAGGAAAUCAGCGAAGAGUCCCUUCUAACCCCAACAUCUCCUUACCCUCCUGCAGUGCAGAGCCAGCUCAGCAUCACUGCAAACCUGAACCUUUCAAAUUCCAUGACCUCACUUGCAACUUCCCAGCAUUCCCCAGGAAUCGACAAAGAGAAUGUGGAACUUUCUCCAACGGCCGCACACUCCAACAGUGGAAGGACUCGCCAUGGCUCAGCUAGCCAAGUGCAGAAGCAACGGAGCACCGGCAGUUUCAAGCGCCACAGUGUUAAGAAGAUGGUGUGAAGCUUUUUCUUUUUAAAAACAACAACCCUGACUUAUUCCCUCUGGCCCCGUGUCCCCAAAACAAUCAUGCCGCACUUAAAUUUGAUCCUCCCACCUUCUCACCCCUGUCCGACAUGGUGCCAGGCAAUUAACUUUUAAAACAGUUCUUGUACAUUUAUUUUGGAUUUUCACUUCGAUUUCAUACAGCUGCCUUUUUUUUAAGACUUGCUCCUCCUCUGAUCAUUUUCAAACCAGUGAUUUCAAAGCUGAUGAGUGGGACUACGUGAGGAACUGGAAAAAAAAAAAGAAUAAUAGGCAGAAGUGAUGAUAAUUGUAUCCGAAGACACAGAAAUCAUGGUCAUCUUACUUCGGAUAGCUUCAUUUUUUUUCUUUUUUUUUUUACGUUGAGGGAUUAUUUUGAUUGGGGGGAUUGUUUGUUUUUUACAGCUUAUUUUGUGUCUACUUUUUUUAAAGUGUUAAUAUUCAAUCUUGUUUGCACACUAGUGAUAAUUUUUUCGGGCCAAUAAACUUGCAUAGCGUAGUGUCCUCUUUAGCUGUGGACUUCCUUUUACUGGUCCUCUGAGCCCAGUUCUGAAGGUUACAAGUUGUAAGGGGAACACACAGUUUAGGUUGUCAAGAUACUCCUUUAUGUAAUCAUUUAGACCAGUGUUUCCUAACCUUGGCAGUUUCCAGGUGUGUGGACUUUGACAUACAGAAUUCUCCUCAAUGGCCAUGCUAGCUGUGGAAUUCUGGGAGUUGAAGUCCACUCCCUCAGAAAUUGCCAUGGUUGAGAAAUACUGAUCUAGAUAUUUGAGGAGAUGGUGUAUCCCUUGAUGCUUCCAAAAAUAGCACCUUGUACAAGAGUGAACAAACUCUUUUGAGUUUUGUUAAACUUUCCACCACUUUGUUUUUUAGAUUCCCUAGACAAACUGCAUGGAUACCUGCAUGCGCACACACACACACUCAUACACACAUAUACAUCCCUCUGGCUGACCUAAAUUAUGGUAAGUGCUUUUAUAGAAUAUUUUUUGAUUGCUAUGCUGCAUACACUUCACAGUAAAGUAAUAAACAGAGAAAAAUCACUGACCCAUGUCCACCCCCUGAAUUUUAUGGCCAAAAGGAGGUGGAAUAUCCUGGAUUUGCUGUUUUCUCUGACAUUUUGACACUUGCUUCCCACCAAGGUUUGAGAAGCCUCAGCUGACAAAACAACAGAAUAAACUAACCUUACCAUGCUGACUUUGUCCAAAAAGGCUCCAUCUGUCUGAAUUUGAUUUUAAACAGGGAAAUAAUUAAAAAUGAAUUGUUGAAAACUAUACUCCCACACCUCCACAAGUAACCAAACUACCCCUAAAACCCCUGUAAUGAACUUUCAAUGUGAUUUUCAGUAAGUGAAAUUCCACAGCUAAAUCUUUCAGAGAUGGUACAAUGAAGGUCCAGAUUUAUUACUGUCAGGUAGCAUGUGAUAUUAGCAAUUCAUUCAAAGCGUAGUUGUGUUUUUGUAUAUAUAAAAAUAAUUGCUUUUAUU